UAAUUAGAAGAUUGAGAUUGUGGUCCUUAAUUUCCUCUUCCAUUUUCUAGACUCUCUCAAGUCCUUGACUAUAUAUAGAGAUAUGAUUCCUAUUAUCGGGCUUAUUAGAACUUUAAUGCCACCACCCAAAUCAAUCUCAUUCGACGAACAGGAACAGCUGUGAAUCGGAGGGAUCCUCGCGACCAUCUCCCUGAGGGCGACUCUUCAAAGCUACUCUUCUUCUUUGGCCUCUCGAGAAUUUGCAGAGACACAGCGAGUGCUAGAGAUGGAAACCCUAAGUGCUACUGCGACGGUCUUGCCUUCUUCUUCUUCUUAUUCUCCUUUAUCAAUUUUCUCUCCAAACCGGAAUUUAUCCAUUACCACAAGACCUCUUCGAUUCGCUAUUUCCUGCAAAAAUGAUGAAAUCGAUGACGAUAUCCGGUCCAAUUCAAACGACAUGAACAUAGUUCCUGUUCUCAAGAAUCGCUUCUCCCUUUCCCCCCUUUCUAGGGAUGCGGCCAUGGGUUUGGUUCUGAGUGCAGCGACCGGCAGGGGUUGGACGACUGGUUCUGGGAUGGAAGGUCCUUCUGUUCCUGCUGGGGUUGAAAACGAAUCUGGUACAGAGAAGAUCUCGACCUUCCCUUGGUCCCUCUUCACCAAAUCUCCUCGUCGGAGAAUGCGUGUGGCCUUCACCUGCAACGUCUGUGGUCAACGGACAACUCGUGCCAUCAAUCCCCAUGCUUAUACCGAUGGGACCGUCUUUGUGCAGUGCUGUGGAUGCAAUGUAUUUCAUAAGCUUGUCGAUAAUUUAAAUCUGUUCCACGAUAUGAAGUGUUAUGUAGGCCCGAGUUUCCGUUACCCAGAUCCACAUGGAGAUGUUGGUUUCAAGUUUCUGGACAUGGGUGACCGUGAUGAUGAUAUCUUCCCCAUCUUAUGAAAUGAAAGGGGAUAUUUAUGCGGUUUGUACAUUCAUGGCCUUUCUUUCGCCGCACUGGAAACUAUUUAAUCUCUGCUGUAAAUAUUUCAUUCAUGUCUUUUCUAGAUCUGUUGGUUCUGUUGGCUCCUAUUUUCCUUUUGUAACAGCAUGACUUAUUUAGUCUGUAUAUAAAAUAAUAUAAACAUUGAAAUAUCAGUUCGUAUGAAAAGUCCAGUUCAUACUGA